GGAAAGCUCCUUCAGCUACUGUAUCUAGAGAUUUAUGCUGUCAGCAUUGAGAGCCUCAAUCAGGUAAAACAAAUGAACUUCUUCUAUGUCUGAAGUUACAUAUGUUUUAUAGUAUGUCGUUCCUUACUUGAAUGAUUUGAAUUCUGUGUUUUUUAGUUCUUCAUUGACAUAUUUGAAAGCUGCCAUGCAGUAGGAUGCAAGUAAGGGACUGCAUUUUCCUCUUUAUUUUGAUUAAAUCCACUUCAUAUUUACAUACAGUAUGUAAAGGGAGGGGGUAGUGAUAGUGUGUUGCUGGCUGAGCACAUCCUUACCACCAUGGUUACCUUUGUAUGGGUGUUAAAAUAUUUAUGUCCGUUUGAAAAUUAACAGCCCUGAUUGGCCAUAGGCUAGCUCUGAUCACUGCUGAUCAUGUAAAUUAUUAGUGUGCUGAAUCAGAGAAAAUGAACAGUCAAACAUUCCUAAUGUCCUGCAAUCCAUCACCAUCCGUUUACUAUCAGUAUUGGUGUCACGCCCUGACUCUGGGGACUCGUAUAUGUUGAGUCAGGGUGUGUAUGUUCUAUGUUGUGUAUUUCUAUGUUGGUGUUCUAUUAUGUGUAGAUCUAUGUUGGCCGGUGUGGUUCCCAAUCAGAGGCAGCUGUCGCUCGUUGUCUCUGAUUGGGGACCAUACUUAGGCAGCCUAUUGGCACUGUGUAGUUGUGGGAUCUUGUUCCGUGUUAGGUAUGUUGUUUGUGUACCUUGGACUUCACGUUUCGGUUUUUUGUUUUGUCGUUGUGUUUAAUAGUCAAAUAAACAUGUAUGUAUAUCACGCUGCGCCUUGGUCUGACCCGUUCAUGAACGAAUGUGACAAUUGGACCUACCACAUAAGGAGAUGGUAACUAUUAUACCAAAACUUCAGAUUUCCAUCCACUCAUCUGAAGAAUCCCCUCUGUCUGCACACCUCUGGUCCCAGUCCGUAUGCACAGGAUGCAGUCAAAGGUCACCAGAUUUUUGUCAGGGCUCUGAGACUGGUGGUUCCUCUUCUGUAGCGCUUCAGAGGUUAAAACUCUCCGUCCUGUGAUGGGAAACAUUAGUCACCACCACUGGUUCAGGUCCUCAGGGGGGAGUGAGCAUGUGCAGACACUGUCAUUCUCUCUCUGGCUGUCGCUUAGUGACACCAUGAUGACAGUGAGAAUCUGUAGAACCCCUGGUGAGAAUGUAUGAUGUGUUGUGGUUUUGUCACACUCACAGUGACAAGGAAGUGAGGGAUCAUCUGGAAAUAUUAGUUGACCCUGACAUUUGAAAAGGCUUCAGGGCCACAGACAUGAUUUAAAAACAGAAGUGGAGGCUCUGAAGUGUUAUGAAGCAUAGGACUGUGUUCAACAGCAUCGUGUUUAUCUUACUCACCACUCACCACAAUGUCUACAGGUAUUUAGUCACACCAAAUGGACAAACAGAGACGGAGUUCAUGUGUUCAGAGUUCAUGUGUCUAUGUGGCCACUAACAACUAUAUUAUUUUGCCAAUCUUUCAGUCCGAAUGUGUCUCUGUAUGUCUGCAUGGUGUCAGUAGUGACAGAUUCCUGCGUAUGUACUGUUGACCAUUCAGGUGGUGAUUGACACGGACAGACAGACCUAUUCUCUCAGUCUGACGUCUGUUGAGGACCUCGAGGCUAUGGUCAGUCAUGUGACAGCUUCUCUGAAGAAGAUCUUCCCUGAUUCAUCUCCAAGGUGAGUGUCAUGGCAAUGUAGUUAAACAUUUCCCUCCCUCAAGCCUUGUGAGUGUUGCUUGUGAUGUACUUAUAGCAGAAACCCCUGAGGUGAAAAAUCAACCCAUUAACCAACUGAUUAGGGAUCCUUUGUGCUCCUCUUCUAUCCAAGGAAUGGUGGUUUUCUUACUCACUUCUGAAUCAUAUUCCAAUCCAAUACCAAUGAUAAAAUAGAUACCUAAUGUAAAUAUCUGUAAUAUCUGAGGGUUAAAAAUGUUUGACAUCUACAUGUGUAUGUGUUUCUAUCUCCUGCUCUCAGGAAGAUCCUGAAGAAGAUCCCUCCAGACCUGCAGGAGCGGCUGUGGAACCUGGCAACCCGGGUGGAUGAGCACCUUAGUGGAACACUGGGACCAUGUGGUCAGUAGAAUCAAUCAUACCACUGCACCAGUGUCACGUCAUUUGUGUGUAUCAUACUAUGUGGACAUUGUGUAGGUGUGUGUGGACAUGGAUUUGUACAGUAUCUGAUCUCUCUGUCAUUCCUUGGUUCUCUACACUACAGGAGGCAUCUCAGAGACGAAUGCUGCUCUAUGUGACUUCAAUGAGUUCCCCUGCAGAGAGGAGGUCCAAUGGGUCCGUAGGCUACCAUCCCCCUAUGAUGACACCACAUUAAAUGUUUCUGAUAAAUGUAUUUUUUCUACUAUAAAUAUCAACUGAUGGAGUCAUACAUCAAGAAUAUUAGUAAAUAUAUGUAUUAUUUCUAUUCUUUCAGGAUGUUGACAACAUUUACUAUGCCCAGAAUGGUUUGGAAUUCAACUUCCUGGAUUUCAGUCUUCUGGAAAACAGAGAUUUGGCCUUGUCAGUGGAUGCCCUCUCCUUCAACCCAUGGUUCACCAAGCUCUCCAGCAAAGACCUCAAAUUGGUAAACCUUUUAGCCACAUCCUGAUCUGUUUUUCCAGGUCCAGUUAGAGAGCACACUAUCUCAUGUUAUUACACAGCGUGAUGCUUAUCUACCUGAGUUAUCUUGCUCUGAGUCUUGCACUCUCUGGUCCUGUCAUCGAUGUCACAUCCAUGAGUUUUGGCAGUGUGAGCUGAGGAUGGGAUCCUGUGGCUGAUCAAACUGUCCGCCUGGACAAUGCUGCAGGGUCUAGCAGCGCUUAUCAACAGUCCACACAUGUGCACACAGACCGCUGUGCCCUGGAAGCAGGGCGCCAAAAUGACUUCAUAAUCUAGCUACUGUUGUGUUACUGGAACUGCAGUGCUUUUAGGCAAUCACCUGGUUAUGAUGGAGGUCAGGGAAAUGACCUUCACGAUAUGAGAGAAUUUGUGUGUAACGGCACAGAUGUAAUGAUAUUAUUCUGGGUCGUUCCACCAAUUCGGUGCCUUUUGAGAAGUGUAACUUAGUAAAAAAAGUAUAUAUUUCACAAAAUUGUUACGUUUUGUCAUAAAGAGCACAUGUUCAUUUUCAUAAAAAACAUGUUUUCCCAUCUCAAGAAGUUAAAUAAUAAAAUGACUAUAGUAAUUGUCAAAUAAAGUAUCAUGGUUGACCGUAUCAGGGUUGACCGUAUCAGGGAUGACCAUAACAGAGUUUACGAUGUGAAAGGGUUGACAAUGUGACAGGGGUAAUGGAAGCUUGUUGUUUGCAACAGGGAGUGGCAAUUGAAUGCAAGCUUAACAGGGUUGGCGUGUUAUGCUCGACCAGCUCAGUUUUCCACAUCAAAACACCAGCAAAUGGCCAAAAAGAGUAGAACCAGCUCAUCUGCUCUAUGAUUCAACUAUUAGAUGUUCAAUGUUUCUUUAAAAAAAAAAAUAUAUAUAUAAAAAAAGGAAUAGGUUCACCAUAUUAAAACAAGAGUUCAGUUCAUGUAACAGGGUUGAUCUGAAAAUGAGGGACAGAUUAAUCACUAAGCAAAAUAGAAAAUAAUAUUCAGAAUUGUUUUGGGGGUCAAAGCAAAAAAUAACUAGGGUUUACAAUGAUGGUGGAACUUGGAUACAUUUUGGGAUUAAGUGGGUUGAAAUCUUCCUAGAAGUGACACAGGGUUGACGGAGGGACAUGUCAAAAUGCUGCAUUUUGGCACUUUAGCAAGGCUUUAUUUAUAUAAAAAAUCAGAACCGGCUUUUGAAAUUGGUGUGCAAUUUCUACUUAAAAUAUCAAAGUGAUUCAAAAGGCACUUGUUUUGUGGAACAACCUUUCUAUAGGCUUACAGAAUUUCCUAGAAAGGAAGAAAUAGACAUAUGACCGUAGAAAAUGCUGACACCGAAGAUUCUCAUGGAGAUUAGAUUUGCUGCCAGUUUAUGAAGAUGGGAUGGCUAAUGAUUCAAUACAUAGUAGAGGAAUGAUUAUUCCCCCUCUGUAUCUCUCCCCAGAGCUCAGAAGUCCAGGAGCAGGUUCUCUUCAUGAUCAACAGAUCCUCAACCCUGGAGGAGGUGUGUCUGGAAGGAGGUGGAGUCAAACUGUAAGUAGCCUACUCCACGUGAUACUCCUCACCUUUCUAAAACAUCCCUCCCUCCUUAAAUCAUUCUACCUGGUGUCUGAGGCACUGAGGAAAUGGGAAAUAUUUGGAUGACAUUUGAUUUAUGUGAUUGGUUCACUUUAUUAUUCAUUUUAGUUCCACAUUAAUAACUAAUCUCUGUUCCUCUGUCUCUCUCCGAGCCCUUUCUCUUGUAGGAAUUUUGCAGUGAAGAUGGCCUGCGGCCUGCGAGAUCACACCUGCUCCGCCAUCCACACCAUCAAUCUGUCAGCCAAUCAUAUAGAGGACAAAGGUGAGCCUUUUCUUAUCAUAAAUAACUUUUGGGGUUUGUCAAUGUCCAUUGCUGGGGUUCCCUAUUCAAACUUGCCUGGACUGGCUAGUGACUACUCAUCUGCUCAUGUGUGUUACCUGUCAUCAGGUGUGAUAGCUCUCAGUCAGGAACUGGAGAACCCAAUGGUCUCACCCAGCUGUCCAUCUCCAGGAUUGCUGUCUCUCCCAAAGGUACAGUGACAGUCAAACUCUUCUGUCUGCUUCACCCUUUUGUUCAUUUUCCAUAAAGAUACUAUGUCUUUGUGUUGAUACUUAUCUUGUGAUAGUUUUCACAUAGAGUAUUGCAUUUCUCUUUCUCAUUCCUCUUUCUUGCCCCCUCCACCUCUCAAGGGUUGGCUAGUCUGACUCAGGCGUUCUCUCAGAACAAGGCCUUCUCCAGCUCUCUGUGUCACCUGGACCUGUCAGGGAAUACAGGCAGUCUGGCUACAGAGUAGGCUGUGGUGAGGGCGGGGGCAGCACUUGUUUUCAGUUCACUGCUUAGAAUUCAUUGCUCCAUACACUAUCACACUUGAACAAAGGUCUAUACUGUAGGUGCUGUUAAUUUCAGCUAAAUGCAUUUUGUGUAUAAUGUAUAGGGGUGGAUACUAUGGAACAUUAACUCCCUUGAUUAUAUUCAGUAAUGGGUUGUCUAUGAAAGGUUAUUUGCUGUAAAGGUAAAGGGAGUUUGUUUUGCCAGUGCAGUCUCACGUGUCAGGAUAUGCAUGCUAUUUGAUACUGAUAUGACUUAAUGAUGCAGGAGGCAUCUCAAUCAGAGUAAUAUAAUUAUUCCACAGUACAGAAUUGAAUUGAGUUGCCCUGUAGAUGGUUUUGGCUCUAGAGGACCAUAGCACUGAAUAGCUUCAUAUCUCUUCCUGUCAGAACCUGUUUAAGUUCCUCUCUGGGACAAAUGCUGUGUCUUACCUGGACUUGAGUGGAACUGACUGCCCUCUGGAUGCUGUAAGUGACCUUUAACCUUUUACUUCUGGUCAUGACAAUAAAACCUAAUCAGGCUCUGUAACCUUUGUUAAUUUGAAUAUUAUUAGCCUGAUAUGCAUGUUUGUGCCAUUGUGAAAUAAUGCACUUUACAUCCCCAACGUACUUCUACUUCUCCCCCUAGCUGUUUGUAUCUCUGUCAGCAGGCUUCUGCUCCAACCUUGCUCACCUCAACCUGUCCAGGAACCCCUCCUCACACAGGUGAGAACCCUGCUUUCCAUGUGUCAUCUUGACCGGUGUUAUCCGACCCAUCCGCUGACCUCUCUCUGUCCCCAGGAAGGUGCGGGAGGUGACAAGGACUGUAAUUUACUUCUUCAGUAAGAGCUCUGAGCUAAAAUAUGUGGGACUGGCAGGAACCAAACUACCCCCAGAGGCUCUCAGGUGCGCACUGAUGGAAUGCCAUACCAGAAAAUGUAAAUGUGAAUGUGAUACAUGUCAAACAGAAUGUGAAGCUUACUUAUAGCACUGGGUGAUACUGUAUGAUACUGUAUGUGUUUGUAUUUUGAUUUACACAUGUAUACUGCUGUUUGAUACACAUAUUUUAUUUUAUGCAGAUUGUUGUUGCAGGGUCUGGCCACAAAUACUAAUCUGUGUGGGCUGGAGCUAGACCUGAGCGGCUGUGAGGUGGACACACGCAGUUACACAUACAGUGAGGGAAAAAAGUAUUUGAUCCCCUGCUGAUUUUGUACGUUUGCCCACUGACAAGGAAAUGAUCAGUCUAUAAUUUUAAUGGUAGGUUUAUUUGAACAGUGAGAGACAGAAUAACAAUAACAAAAUCCAGAAAAACGCAUGUCAAAAAUGUUAUAAAUUGAUUUGCAUUUUAAUGAGGGAAAUAAGUAUUUGACCCCCUCUCAAUCAGAAAGAUUUCUGUCUCUCAGGUGUCUUUUAUACAGGUAACGAGCUGAGAUUAGGAGCACACUCUUAAAGGGAGUGCUCCUAAUCUCAGUUUGUUACCUGUAUAAAAGACACCUGUCCACAGAAGCAAUCAAUCAAUCAGAUUCCAAACUCUCCACCAUGGCCAAGACCAAAGAGCUCUCCAAGGAUGUCAGGGACAAGAUUGUAGACCUACACAAGGCUGGAAUGGGCUGCAAGACCAUCGCCAAGCAGCUUGUGGAGUUGCAAUGAUCAUGAGAACGGUGAGGAAUCAGCCCAGAACUACACAGGAGGAUCUUUUCAAUGAUCUCAAGGCAGCUGGAACCAUAGUCACCAAGAAAACAAUUGGUAACACACUACACCGUGAAGGACUGAAAUCCUGCAGCGCCCGCAAGGUCCCCCUGCUCAAAAAGCACAUAUACAGGGCCGUCUGAAGUUUGCCAAUGAACAUCUGUAUGAUUCAGAGGAGAACUGGGUGAAAGUGUUGUGGUCAGAUGAGACCAAAAUCGAGCUCUUUGGCAUCAACCCAACUCGCCGUGUUUGGAGGAGGAGAAAUGCUGCCUAUGACCCCAAGAACACCAUCCCCACCGUCAAACAUGGAGGUGGAAACAUUAUGCUUUGGGGGUGUUUUUCUGCUAAGGGGACAGGACAACUUCACCAAAUCAAAGGGACGAUGGACGGGGCCAUGUACUGUCAAAUCUUGGGUGAGAACCUCCUUCCCUCAGCCAGAGCAUUGAAAAUGGGUCGUGGAUGGGUAUUCCAGCAUGACAAUGACCCAAAACACACGGCCAAGGCAACAAAGGAGUGGCUCAAGAAGAAGCACAUUAAGGUCCUGGAGUGGCCUAGCCAGUCUCCAGACCUUAAUCCCAUAGAAAAUCUGUGGAGGGAGCUGAAGGUUCGAGUUGCCAAACGUCAGGCUCGAAACCUUAAUGACUUGGAGAGGAUCUGCAAAGAGGAGUGGAACAAAAUCCCUCCUGAGAUGUGUGCAAACCUGGUGGCCAACUACAAGAAACGUCUGACCUCUGUGAUUGCCAACAAGGGUUUUACCACCAAGUACUAAGUCAUGUUUUGCAAAGGGGUCAAAUACUUAUUUCCCUCAUUAAAAUGCAAAUCAAUUCAUAACAUUUUUGACAUGUGUUUUUCUGGAUUUUGUUGUUGUUAUUCUGUCUCUCACUGUUCAAAUAAACCUACCAUUAAAAAUUAUAGACUGAUCAUGUCUUUGUCAGUUGGCAAACGUACAAAAUCAGCAGGGGAUCAAAUACUUUUUUCCCUCCCUGUACAUGCACACACACACAUACAGUGGGGAGAACAAGUAUUUGAUACACUGCCGAUUUUGCAGGUUUUCCUACUUACAAAGCAUUUAGAGGUCUAUAAUUUUUAUUAUAGGUACACUUCAACUGUGAGAGACGGAAAUCCAGAAAAUCACAUUGUAUGAUUUUUAAGUAAUGAAUUUGCAUUUUAUUGCAUGACAUAAGUAUUUGAUACAUCAGAAAAGCAGAACAUAAUAUUUGGUACAGAAACCUUUGUUUGCAAUUACAGAGAUCAUACGUUUCCUGUAGGUCUUGACUAGGUUUGCACACACUGCAGCAGGGAUUUUGGCCCACUCCUUCAUACAGACCUUCUCCAGAUCCUUCAGGUUUUGGGGCUGUCGCUGGGCAAUACGGACUUUCAGCUCCCUCCAAAGAUUUUCUAUUGGGUUCAGGUCUGGAAACUGGCUAGGCCACUCCAGGACCUUGAGAUGCUUCUUACGGAGCCACUCCUUAGUUGCCCUGGCUGUGUGUUUUGGGUCGUUGUCAUGCUGGAAGACCCAGCCACGACCCAUCUUCAAUGCUCUUACUGAGGGAAGGAGGUUGUUGGCCAAGAUCUCGCGAUACAUGGCCCCAUCCAUCCUCCCCUCAAUACGGUGCAGUCGUACUGUCCCCUUUGCAGAAAAGCAUCCCCAAAGAAUGAUGUUUCCAUCUCCAUGCUUCACGGUUGGGAUGGUGUUCUUGGGGUUGUACUCAUCCUUCUUCUUCCUCCAAACACGGCAAGUGGAGUUUAGACCAAAAAGCUCUAUUUUUGUCUCAUCAGACCACAUGACCUUCUCCCAUUCCUCCUCUGGAUCAUCCAGAUGGUCAUUGGCAAACUUCAGACGGGCCUGGACAUGCGCUGGCUUGAGCAGGGGGACCUUGCGUGCGCUGCAGGAUUUUAAUCCAUGACGGCGUAGUGUGUUACUAAUGGUUUUCUUUGAGACUGUGGUCCCAGCUCUCUUCAGGUCAUUGACCAGGUCCUGCUGUGUAGUUCUGGGAUGAUCCCUCACCUUCCUCAUGAUCAUUGAUGCCCCACGAGGUGAGAUCUUGCAUGGAGCCCCAGACCGAGGGUGAUUGACCGUCAUCUUGAACUUCUUCCAUUUUCUAAUAAUUGCGCCAACAGUUGUUGCCUUCUCACCAAGCUGCUUGCCUAUGGUCCUGUAGCCCAUCCCAGCCUUGUGCAGGUCUACAAUUUUAUCCCUGAUGUCCUUACACAGCUCUCUGGUCUUGGCCAUUGUGGAGAGGUUGGAGUCUGUUUGAUUGAGUGUGUGGACAGGUAUCUUUUAUACAGGUAACGAGUUCAAACAGGUGCAGUUAAUACAGGUAAUGAGUGGAGAACAGGAGGGCUUCUUAAAGAAAAAACACUGUAUGUGUUUGCAGUUUGGGCAUUGAUUGGGGACAUUGCCCUGUGUAGGGUGCCGUCUUUCGGAUGGUAUGUUAAACGGGUGUCCUGACUCUCUGUGGUCACUAAAGAUCCCAUGGCAUUUAUGGUAAGAGUAGGGGUGUUAACCCAGGUGUCCUGGCUAAAUUCCCAAUCUGCCCCUCAUACCAUCAUGGCCACCUAAUCAUCACCAGCUUCCUAUUGGCUCAUUCAUCCCCCCUCCUCUCCCCUGUAACUAUUCCCCAGGUCGUUGCUGUAAAUGACAAUGUGUUCUCAGUCAACUUACCUGGUAAAAUAAGGGUAAAAUACAACAUUAAAAUAAACACACAUACACACACCUCACUUUUUUUUAUCAGGCUGAUAAUCACAUGUACGAAAAUGUAUGCACUCACUGCUGUAAGUUGCUCUGGAUAAGAGCGUCUGCUAAAUGGCUCAAAUGUAUAAUGUAAUGUAAAUGCGUAUUAUGUGUGCAGCUGAGGUCUGCUGGAGCCCAGGUGAUUCAGGAGCACAUCAAUCAAUCAAUCAAAUACAUUUAUAAAGCCCUUUUUACAUCAGCAGAUGUCACAAAGUGCUAUACAGAAACCCAGCCUAAAACCCCAAACUGCAAGCAAUUCAGAUGUAGAAGCACAGUGGCUAGGAACAACUCCCUAGAAAGGCAGAAACCUAGGAAGAUACCUAGAGAGGAACCAGGCUCUGAGGGGUGGCCAGUCCCCUUCUGGCUGAGCAGGGUGGAGAUUAUAACAGUACAUGGCCAUUAAGGCCAGAUUUUUCUCCAAGAUGUUCAAACGUUCAUAGAUGACCAGCAGGGUCAAAUAAUAAUCACAAUGGUUGUAGAGGUUGCAACAGGUCAGUACAUCAGGAGUAAAUGUCACUUGGCUUUUCAUAGCCGGGCAUCAUAGCCGGGCAUUUAGAGGUUGAAAUAGCAGGUGCGGUAGAGAGAGAGAGUUGUAAACAGCAGGUCUGGGAUAAAGUAGCACGUCCGGUGAACAGGUCAGGGUUCCAUAGCCGCAGGCAGAAGAGUGGAACUGGAGCAGCAGCACGACCAGGUGGACUGGGGACAGCAAGGAGUCAUCAGGCCAGGUAGUCCUGAGGCAUGGUCCUAGGGCUCAGGUCUUCCGGGAUGGGAGGGAGAGAGAGAGAAUUAUAGGGAGCAUACUUAAAUUCACACAGGACACCAGAUAAGACAGGAGAAUAACACCAGAUGUAACAGACUGACCCUAGCCCCCUGGCACAUAGACUAUUGCAGCAUAGAUACUGGAGGCUGAGAAAGGGGGGGUCGGGAGACACUGUGGCCCCGUCCGACGUUACCCCCGGACAGGGCCAACCAGGCAGGAUAUAACCCCACCCACUUUGCCAAAGCACAGCCCCCACACCAUCAGAGGGAUAUCAACAGACCACCAACAUACUACCCUGAGACAAGGCUGAGUAUAGCCCACAAAGAUCUCCUCCACUGCACGAGCCCAAGGGGGGCGACAAACCGGACAGGAAGAUCACGUCAGUGACUCAACCCACUCAAGUAACGCACCCCUCCUAGGGACUGCAUGGAAAGCACCAUUAAGCCAGUGACUCAGCCCCCGUAAUAGGGUCACAUCUUUGAAGCCAAGGCCAUCAGCAGUCUGGACUUCUCUGACAAUGGUACGGUUCCAAGCCCACCCCUUUUAUCACUCUCUCUCUCUCGCUCUGUGGAGAGGUGUGGGUUAGAUGGAGAGAGUACAGACAGGGGUGGUGUGUGUGUGCUAGGUGGUGCCAACCAGCAGGUGAUAAAUAACACACGAUUCAGAUCAUAUAACAUAGAGAGAGUGGGUGGGUGGGGGGGGGGGGGGGGGGGUGGUAGAUUGGCUGUUCUGAGAACUGUCCAAGGAGUCUCCAUUGGGGUCAACAUUAAGAAAAAACAACAACAUUAGAAUAGAGUAUUCUCUAUAUACAGUUGAAGUCGGAGGUUUACAUACACUUAGGUUGGAGUCAUUAAAACUUGUUUUUCAACCACUCCACAAAUGUCUUGCUAAUAUACUAUAGUUUUGGCAAGUCGGUUAGGAGAUCUACUUUGUGCAUGACACAAGUAAUUUUUCCAACAAUUGUUUACAGACAGAUUAUUUCAUUUAUAAUUCACUGUAUCACAAUUCCAGUGGGUCAGACGUUUACAUACACUAAGUUGACUGUGCCUUUAAACAGCUUGGAAAAUUCCAGAAAAUGAUGUCAUGGCUUUAGAAGCUUCUGAUAGGCUAAUUGACAUAAUUUGAGUCAAUUGGAGGUGUACCUGUGGAUGUAUUUCAAGGCCUACCUUCAAACUCAGUGCCUCUUUGCUAGACAUCAUGGGAAAAUCAAAAGAAAUCAGCCAAGACCUCAGAAAAUAAAUUGUAGACCUCCACAAAGUCUGGUUCAUCCUUGGGAGCAAUUUCCAAACGCCUGAAGGUACCACGUUCAUCUGUACAAGCAAUAGUACACAAGUAUAAACACCAUCGGACCACGCAGCCGUCAUACCGCGCAGGAAGGAGACGUGUUCUGUCUCCUAGAGAUAAACGUACUUUGGUGUCAAAAGUUCAAAUCAAUCCCAGAACAACAGCAAAGGACCUUGUGAAGAUGCUGGAGGAAACAGGUACAGAAGUAUUUAUAUCCACAGUAAAACGAGUCCUAUAUCGACAUAACCUGAAAGGCCGCUCAGCAAGGAAGAACCCACUGCUCCAAAACCGCUAUAAAAAAGACAGACUACGGUUUGCAACUGCACAUGGGGACAAAGAUCGUACUUUUUGGAGAAAUGUCCUCUGGUCUGAUGAAACAGAAUUAGAACUGUUUGUCCAUAAUGACCAUCGUUAUGUUUGGAGGAAAAAGGGGAAGGCUUGCAAGCCGAAGAACACCAUCCCAACCGUGAAGCACGGGGAUGGCAGCAUCAUGCUGUGGGGGUGCUUUGCUGCAGGAGGGACUGGUGCACUUCACAAAAUAGAUGGCAUCAUGAGGAAGGAAUAUUAUGUGGCUAUAUUGAAGCAACAUCUCAAGACAUCAGUCAGGAAGUUAAAGCUUGGUCGCAAAUGGCUCUUCCAAAUGGACAAUGACCCCAAGCAUACUUCCAAAGUUGUGGCAAAAUGGCUUAAUGACAACAAAGUCAAGGUUUUGGAGUGGCCAUCACAAAGCCCUGACCUCAAUCCAAUAGAAAAUGUGUGGGCAGAACUGAAAAAACAUGUGCGAGCAAGGAGGCCUACAAACCUGACUCAGUUACACCAGCUCUGUCAGGAGGAAUGGGCCAAAAUUCACCCAACUUAUUGCGGGAAGCUUGUGGAAGGCUACCCGAAACAUUUGACCCAAGUUAAACAAUUUAAAGGCAAUGCUACCAAAUACUAAUUGAGUGUAUGUAAACUUCUGACCCACUGGGAAUGUGAUGAAAGAAAUAAAAGCUGAAAUGAAUCAUUCUCUCUACUAUUAUUCUGACAUUUCACAUUCUUAAAAUAAAGUGGUGAUCCUAACUGACCUAAGACAGGGAAUUUUUACUAAGAUUAAAUGUCAGGAAUUGUGAAAAACUGAGUUUAAAUGUAUUUGGCUAAGGUGUAUGUAAACUUCCGACUUCAACUGUAUUUCUAUCCAGGAAUCUCAGAGGGCAACCGAACGCUGAGGAAAUAUAUAUUCAAGGGAUAAGAAAACAGUUGUUUUUCGAUGAAUAACACUUUUUCUGCAUUAUUAUAACUUACCAUUAUUUUUGGAUCUACCAAUAGAAAAUGAAAAAUACUGUUUUCUCUUCUCCUACUAUGACCUCUCUCAACCCUGGUUCUGGAAACACAUCAGAGCUAAUCAAAUGCUUGACCGCUGAGAGGACCUCAAAUCAGGCCGUGUUAUUUCUGGAGCAGGUAGACGAGGGCAGGCAGGGCUCCCAGCUUCCCACAGACAGACCUCCAUGCAGCACUGAGCAGUAAGGCCAGACAUGUCAGUCAGAAUUGACACAGCACUGCUGGGACACUGAGGCUCCAGCAUCCAGCACCUGCCUGUCUGCCAACCCAGUUCCUCAUCCCUCACUUCUAGUGAUCACAACGACCUCACACUGACUGGAACCAAGACUAUGAUGGCUCCCUACUUUCUUCUAGACCAGCCAGUGGCUCAGAUAUAGAGACCAUUCGUUUUCAUGGAGAAUGCAACUUUCAAAAGGCUCCAGGGAAUCCUAAUUAGUGUAUUUAUGACAAAAUAGGCUCAACAUUACCAGGAUGUGUACUCCGAGCAUGUGCUGACCAACUGGCAAGUGUCUUCAUCGACAUUUUCAACAUGUCCAUGACUGAGUCUGUAAUACCAACAUGUUUCAAGCAGACCACCAUAGUCCCCGUGCCCAAGGACACUAAGAUAACCUGUCUAAAUGACUACCGACCCGUAGCACUGACGUCUGUAGCCAUGAAGUGCUUUGAAAGGCUGGUCAUGGCUCACAUCAACACCAUUAUCCCGGAAACCCUAGACCCACUCCAAUUUGCAUACCGCCCCAACAGAUCCACAGAUUAUGCAAUCUCUAUUGCACUCCACACUGCCCUUUCCCACCUGGACAAGAGGAACACCUACGUGAGAAUGCUAUCCAUUGACUACAGCUCAGCGUUCAACACCAUAGUGCCCUCAAAGCUCAUCACUAAGCUAAGGAUCCUGGGACUAAACACCUCCCUCUGCAACUGGAUCCUGGACUUCCUGAUGGGCCGCCCCCAGGUGGUAAGAGUCGGUAACAACACAUCUGCCACGCUGAUCGUCAACACGGGGGCCCCACAGGGGUGCGUGCUCAGUCCCCUCCUGUACUCCCUGUUCACCCAUGACUGCAUGGCCAGGCACGACUCCAACACCAUCAUUAAGUUUUCCGACGACACAACAGUGGUAGGCCUGAUCACCGACAACGAUGAGACAACCUAUAGGGAGGAGGUCAGAGACCUGGCCGUGUGGUGCCAGGAUAACAACCUCUCCCUCAACGUGACCAAGACAAAGAAGAUGAUUGUGGACUACAGGAAAAAAAAGAGGACUGAGCACGCCCCCAUUCUCAUCGACAGGGCUGUAGUGGAACAGGUUGAGAGCUUCAAGUUCCUUGGUGUCCACAUCACCAACAAACUAUCAUGGUCCAAACACACCAAGACAGUCGUGAAGAGGGCACGAUAAAGCCUAUUUCCCCCUCAGGAGACUGAAAAGAUUUGGCAUGGGUCCUCAGAUCCUCAAAUAGUUCUACAGCUGCACCAUCGAGAGCAUCCUGACUGGUUGCAUCACCCCCUGGUAUGGCAACUGCUCGGCCUCCGACCGCAAGGCACUACAGAGGGUAGUGCGUACGGCCCAGUACAUCACUGGGGCCAAGCUUCCUGCCAUCCAGGACCUCUAUACCAGGCGGUGUCAGAGGAAGGCCCUCAAAAUGGUCAAAGACUCCAGCCACCCUAGUCAUAGACUGUUCUCUCUGCUACCGCACGGCAAAUGGUACCGGAGCGCCAAGUCCAAAAGGCUUCUCAACAGCUUCUACCCCCAAGCCAUAAGACUCCUGAACAGCUAAUCAUGGCUAACCGGACUAUUUGCACCCCCACCCCAUCUUUUUACGCUGCUGCUACUCUGUUAAUUAUUCAUGCAUAGUCACUUUAACUCUACCCACAUGUACAUAUUACCUCAACUACCUCAACUAGCCGGUGCCCCCGCACAUUGACUCUGCACCGGUACCCCCCUGUAUAUGGCCUCCCUACUGUUAUUUUAUUUCACUUCUGCUCUUUUUUUCUCAACACUUUUUUGUUGUUGUUGUUUUAUUUACUUUUUUAUUAAGAAAUAAAUGCAUUGUUGGUUAAGGGCUGUAAGUAAGCAUUUCACGGUAAUGUCUACACCUGUUGUAUUCGGCACAUGUGGCAAAUACAAUUUGAUUUGAUUUGAUUUGAAUUGAGCUGACUUGGAAAUAUAGCUUCCUCAAAGCAUACAGAUAGACAGACAGUCCACUUUUCCACAGAGAGAGUAAGUAAUGUAUGUCUAUCUAUCCUCAGGCUUUGAGAGUGACAUAGUCACCUUGGUGCUGUCCAUUGGAUGCAGGCACUCUAUCCGCGAUCUGGCUUUGGGAUGCAACUUUGCCAUGAAGUCCAGGUGAAUAGAUUACUCUGUCACGCCCACUGUGUUUUCUAUCCAUCUAUCUACUGUAUAUCCAUCAACUGUCCCCUUCUCUCUGCCCGCUCUCUCUCCACAGAGCUCUAACAGACGUCCUACAGCGUAUCGUCCAGCUCAUGCAGGAGGAGGAAUGUGUGAGUGUUCGAUCUUGUCCUUUGACUGACAAACACAUUUAUUUACGUUCUUUCAUAUAUCAUAUCUCAAACACUUAACUUUCCUGUGUACUAUGUAUAAUUAUAAUAAUUUGGGGGGUGCUUAUGUUUGUCCUGUUCCACACGUGUACUGGAAAUGUUUUUUUUUGUCGCAUAUCCCAACUCCUCCUGAGACACCCUCAGGGAGUGGGGUCACGGCCAGGGUCGCCAUUGUACAGCGCCCCUGGAGCAAUUAGGGUUAAGUGCUUUGCUCAAGGGCACAGCGACAGAUAAUUUUUUUUAAACCUUGUCGGCUCCGGUAUUUGAACCAGCAACCUUUCGGUUUCUGACCCAACGCACUGACAUCGAGAGUACCUGCCGCCCCAUCUACGUGAUCUAAACCUGUUCUAAUAAGCUGUCGUAAACAACCAUUGACUUAAACAUCAGCUUAGCUUUGAAAAGGCCUCAUUUACAUUACAUGAAUCUCCUAGCCUCUGACAACAACAGUAAAUCUCAGUCUCCUUUACCCUCUCCUCAGUAGAUAUCCCUGCUCCUCUUAUGUUUUGACCCUGGCUCUACCACUGCCCAGGCCUCUUCUCCAGUAGUGUCCCGUUCCCUGUAAUAGUUGGAGGCUCUGUGGAGGCACAGUCCUCUGGGACGUCCCCCUGAGUGAAAGCAAGCCUUUUAAUUACCCAGAAUCUUUCUCCAGCGAGACGCGGCCUGCCUCAGUAAUUACACACUGAGCAGCUUAAACUACUACAGUAUACUAGGCUCAUUAAAACAGGCAGCCAUUUUCUCUCAGAGGAUCAAAGAGCCCUCUCAUAUCUGAGAUGGAGAUGUCAGGGUGAAGUUCAUGUAAACCAACUGAAGUUCUUUCAGGCCCAGGCUCUGGGCUCUGGCUCAGAUCAGUGGUGUGCGUCUGCAUGCAUGCGUGCCCACAGCCCCUGGAGUCUCUGUCAGUGUGUGAUUCCGAGCUGAAGACAGGCACCACCAUCCUUAUCAACAGCCUGGGCCGCAAUGCCAGCCUCACUAAUAUUGACACCAAUGGCAACUGUAUCAAAGACACUGGAGCCAAUUUGCUGGCCAAGGCCUUACUCAUCAACACUAAGCUUAGGUAACCGAGCCAUAACCCAACCUAACCUAUCACCUAACAAACCUAUCCCAUCAUAGCCAUAACCCUACGCAACUCCCAAACUAACCAACAAUAACCUGACCUGCCAUGUAUAACCCCAUCCAUGUCUCUACAGGACCCUGGUCUGGGACAGAAACAAUGUGACAGUCAAGGGGUUUCUGGAUGUGGCAAAUGUUCCAGAGAGGUGAAUCGUGGACAGGGAGGGUCUCAGUCCAUCAAACAGAGCAAUAUCCCCUAAAACAUUAUAUUACCCUUCCUUUCCUGGCUUUCAUGUUUGUUAAGUCAUGAACACAGGAACUUCACACUGCAGCACAUGUCCAUCCCCAUGAGUGAUGUCACACAUGGGUAUUGUAGCAGUCCUGAGAAGACAGAGGAGGCUCUUCAGAAGGUGAGAUUGGGCUGACAAAAAACUAACAUUCUAAACUCCAACUUUCACCAUGGUAUUAAACAUCUGUGGCUGUUGUGUGUCCAGAUCCAGGCCUGUCUGCUCAGGAACAACCAGAGACAGUCAGGAGUCCCAGACCAGAUACUAAACCUGCAACAGGGUCUGAAGACUGUACGCUCUCUGAACAGGUGGGUCAGGCUCGGUCAUAGGAGGAAGCAACAGAAAUAUGUGUAUAAUCUGUAUGUAUGCGAGUCUGUUCCUUUCCCGUAGUCCUUACUUUCUGGUACAUUUGCCUCUGACAGGUGAUAUAUUGUAAAUUACUGUUUUAUAUCUUUAUUGUUUUAUAGCAUCAUAUCCUCUAAGUAUGAAUAAAUUGUUUUUAUAUAUCCUUAGAGAUUGAAAGUAGUGUUAGGUUCAAGCUCUUUGUGUAUCCGAAGUGUAAUUAUUUAGUGGACUGUAGGAAUGUGUACUCCCAAUAACUCAAGGCCUCUCCUGACUGAUAUGAAGUCUUGUGAUAUGCACGGAGGAGCACGGAGAAAUCCUGGGUGAUGGAAAAGUACUGAAGUACAUAUUUGUGGAAGGGAGGGGGUGAGAGCUAAGGGUGUAAGUGGACACUGCACUGUAUUGAAUGUAUGUAUUCAGCUGUUACUUCUUCUCUGAGUAAACAUUUGAAACAUCACUCUUAGUUUGGGCUCUUGUAUGAUAAAUAUGUUUAUGGUAUAUUGAGAUAUGGGUCUUCUUAUGACAGGGACAGUAAAAGUCACCCUGCGUCUCUGUCUGACUCAUCCCAUCCCAACUGGUUCAGGGUCUCUGUCAGAGGUUACAGGAGAGUGUCCUACCUUUAACCCCCUGCAAUGUACAGGAAGUGCAGUCAGACAUAUUGACUGCAGAGGAAGUGCUUUGUAAUGCUAAGACCUCCAUCACCUCCAUGAGUCUCACACAACAGAUUGGUGAUUGUUGGCUAGAUUGACAAUGUGUAUCUGUGUAACAUAGGCCUAAUGAUGAACUCAUUUGAGGAUGGUGAAAUAUAAUACAAAUCGCUAUCGCCUUCACUUUAUGAGCUGGGGAGGACACCCUCUAGUGGUGUAAUGCUGCAACAUAUACUGAAUGACACGACCAAAACAAUUACUGCUAUUUCUAAGUCUGUUUUAUUGUUUGUGUACAGUAUUUAUGAGGAGCAUCAAUAUGCAUCAGUCACCAACCACACAGAUGACUAUCACCAUUCAGCCAAUUAGAAGAGACAUGUCUAAAAUAAUUGCUGCAACACAUGAUAGGGAAAGACUCAUGAGAGGUCAUCCAGGUGAGUCUCCCAGGUGACUGGUAUGCCCUGUGUGUUCCAGGAGCUGGCCCAGGCCUUUCUAUAGGCAGCCCAGACUCUCUAUCCCAGGGUCACACAGAGGUCAAGUGUCUGUGAGCAGCUGGCUGACUGUGUGGCUAAGAUGUCCAGACAGACAGCCCUCUUCAUCCAGGACACCCUCAUACAGCACACAGGAGAGCUCAGGUAAACAGCUGAAUACACACACAUCCACCCUGACACAAAAACACAGCUUAUGUAGAACACAAACAGUUACAUCAUACAUAAUCUUUGUUGUUUUGUGUCAUAAUCAUGUCAUACUCAAUACUAUUAAUUUUCACACCCAGGGCCUCCCACAUCUCCCAUAAAGCUUACUGUAGUUGCUAAUGGUUUACUUCUCCCCCUCCCUUAUUUUUUCUGCUUUUCAUUCCUCUUUUAGUGAACUAAAACUGUCAGUUAGUGUCUCCUUGGUGGAAAGUAUAAUUGACGAGGUUCUGCAGGACUUGUCUGUGGCUCAGCAGAAAUUGGUGAGAGUUUGUUUUGUGUGUGAGUUGUGUGUGUUGUGUGUGUUUAAUUAGUAUGACUGAUCACCACCCUCCCUCACCUCAGGACCGUAAUUUGAGGGAGCAGACCAGCUCCCUCAGCUACGAGUUGUAGACCAUAACUGCCCCACUGGAUGAUGUAAGAGUUCUGACUAACAUAAAACACACAUAUCCCACCAUGCUAUACUGUAUAUGCCGAACCAUUCUACCAGUCUACACAAGUACCUACAUUACCUGCAUUAGUUCUUGUUUAAUACAACUAACUGAAUAUCCUUCUCCUUCUCGAUAUGUUCAUGUCAUUUGGAGGAGCAGCUUCCACUCCAAGAGUAUCCGUCCAGCACCCUCAGUGAAAAGUAAGAACCAGGCGUGUCAUAAGUAUAAUUAAGAUUUAUUGUAACAGACUAUUUAGUAGGAAAGCUGGGAGUCUGGGAUGAAACUAGGAAAAUUUACAUUGUAAACAAUCAGGUUUGGGGAUUGGCAGCAGACUGCCACAUCAAAACUGCCUUGACCUGUGAUGUCAGUAGCUACAAUCUUAGAAAAAGGUUUCACCCAGAAUUCACAUUUGAAAGGUCAGGAGUCAAGUCUGAACCAUUUCAUUAUCCAGUUAGGAGUGAGCUCUAACAAAAGAGGGUCAAAAGGGCAGUAAUAUGAAAAUAGUGGAGCAGUCACAACAAAGAGGGAGAUAUCCUCUAGAGCAGCGUUUCCCAAACUCGGUCCUGGGGACCCCAAGGGGUGCACGUUUUGUUUUUUGCCCUAGCACUACACAGCUGAUUCAAAUAAUCAACUAAUCAUCAGGCUUUGGUUAUUUAAAUCAGAUGUGUAGUUCUAGGGCAAAAACCAAAACGUGCACCCUUUGGGUUCCCCAAGACCGAGUUUGGGAAACGCUGCUCUAGAGCCAUAUGGUUAUGGAUUGUUCUGCUCAAAUCCCCCUAGUGCAAUGUACUCUUAAAUACAUUUGAAAUCCGAUUUAGAACCAGUCAAACAUUUUGUCAGUGUGUCACAUGAAAAAAAUUACGCAAAACGUUUUAACCCCUUGUCCUCUGAAAAACAAGUCCAAAAAGAGGCACUUAUGUCUAUGUGUUUUACUGUGCAUAUGUUUUUGUGUUUGUGUGUCAUUGAUGCAGUCUGGGACCCUAGAGGGGCUGUCCCUCAAUGUGUCUUGGGAGUUCCCCCUCCUUGUGACAGUGCUGUGUCAUGGUGCUGAAGGUUAAAGGUCCCCCAUUGAAGGGGAGGGGUGUGGGGGUCGGUGGUGGUGGGGGGUUACUACUCUACCCUCAACAAAAGAUAAUCAGCUGUGCGGUGAUCUGCCUGCCCAAUGAAAAGGGCUGUGGCUAACUGGAGCAUGGCCAGGUUACUUUCAGACCACUGAGUCUCACUGGGGGGACGGGGAUGGGGAGGGAGGGGAGGGAUAGGGGUCACCGGCUUACAAUCAUUACACAACCCCUCCCCUCCUUUACCUCUCUCUCCCUGUUCUGGCGCUAUCUGCGCUCUCUUUCUCUCCCAUCUCUCUCGUUGUAUUUUUAUUUUGCUCUCUCUUGCUCCCUCUCUGUCUCUCCCUCUCUUUCUUGCUCCCUCCCUCUCUCUUCCAUUGUUUAGAUUCAGUGUUGCAAAUCUAUGUCUGAUUAGUCUCCUCUGUUCUCUGUGCCGUGAAGUCUACAGUUAAAGGCACCCAUCUGAUUCCUCUUUCAUCCAUAUUUUCUGUCGCUUUGCUCUCUGCUUUUUUUCUUUGUCGUCUUCUCCUCUCCCUUUCUUCAUCAACACUCUCUCUACCACCAUCCUUCUCUCUCUCUCCCAUUCUAUCUCACAUCCCCUCUCAGUGUGUUAACGCCACAUUAUAGCUAGUUGUCCUAUUUUUACAUGCAUUCUAUCACACAUCCUGUGCCUGUGUAGGUUGGUAUCAUUCCCUCUCUCUCUCGUCUUUCUCCCACUCUCUCUGUCCCCCUCUCUGUCCCCCUCUCUCUGUCCCCCUCUCUCUGUCCACCUCUCUCUGCCCCCCUCUAUCUGUCCCCCUCUCUCUGUCUCUCUCUGCAGGUCUCCUGGAUGUGAACACGGAGCAGCAGGCGAGAGAGCAUUUAUUAUCAGCAGGAAAGAGGAGGGGAGGUCUCAGGGGUAGGAGGGAGGGGGCGGGCGCUGUCGUCAACGACGAUAUUGUCAGUCACAGUGGCAGGCCAGCUGAAACCUGAAGGCCCCUCCCACAUAAGGAGGGAGGCGGAUGCUGCCGCUGCUCCUACUGCUGCUGCGGCUCUUAGCAACAGUGAUCCCCGGCGCCCUGAGCCCGCACCUCCUCAGCCCCCUAUGGACCUGCCCAUCGAAGGCCACACACUGAGGCACUACACCCGCUCCAGGCCCAGACCCAACCGCCGGAACAGCAAGCCGCCCAGCAAGCCCCAGGUAAGAGGCAACACGACGAGCACAGACCAUGGAGGAUGGGGAUGGAGGGAUGAAAGGGAGGCACAGAGAGAGGAAGACAGAGAGGGGGGUGCAGGGAGAGGCUAAUUGUCGCGACAGAGAUGCUUUCUGAGAGAGGAAUAGAAGAGAAGGGAUGGAGAAAAAUAGAGAUAGAUGAGGGGAGAAAAAAUCAGGGCAGAGCAGAGAGAAUGUUGAUGGAGGUAGAGUGAGAAAGAGAGGGAGAGGGGGAGGGAAGCAGUGUUCUGAUGGUGGUACUCAGGUUAUUGCAGCCACAGCAGCAGAGGCAGUGUCAUUGGCUUGCAGCGCUAGGCAUUCUCUCUCAUCUCCAUCUCUCUCUGUCGAUCUGAUUCUAUUUCACUGUCUUGUCAGUGCUGCUGCUGUAGCUGUUGAUGUGUCGAGGAGCCAUUUCUGUGUGUUUUCUCCAUAUUUUCCCCAGCAUUAACGAUGGUCCCUGUGGUUCUCAGUAGUUGGGGUGGGAGCUGUCAGAACGGGGCACUGUCUUUCCAUACUGAUUCUGGAUGGCUCUGCUCUGUGUGACUGCUGUAGCAUUUUAAUUAUUCAUGUUUUUACAUCAAGGUGGGCUCACCGGCUCUCUGCCCCUCCCCCUCUUCACUAUCACUCUCCUGUCAAUGGCUUUAGGACAAUCCCUCUUUUACGGUGGAAUAUUGUUAAGGACUGUCAAUGGGAACUGGUCAUGUGUCUGUGUCUGUGUUUGCAUGUAUGUAUUCAUUGUCAUGUUUGAUAAAAAUGUCGCACAAGGAGUAGCGGGUGCUCCAUGCUGAUUGGUGGCAGUCUAGUGGUCUGUCUGUGUGUGUGGGGGUGUGUAUGUGUUUUCCCUUGACACUGUUUGUUCUGCCAACUGAUCAAAAACAGCUAUCUCUCUGUUAUGUGUGAAAACAAUGCUGCAGCCAUCUUAUAAGCAGAACUAGUUCAAUAUAAAUGGCUGAUAUAAGGUGUUUUUUGUAACAUUAUGUGUGUGUGUGUCUGUCUGUUUGCUUCCUGCCAUUGUCGUUGUUGUAGCGUGAUUCAUUGUUGGUGUAGUAACAGUGUGAUUGGUGUUGUUAUUGCAGGUAACACUGUGCAAUGGGGUUAAUACCACAUUAACCGGGUGUCUGUAUCCACUGUGUUGUUAUUACUGGCACACAGUGUCACCACAUUGUUAUUUAGACUGUAUUCAAGGUGCCCCCAAUUGUGUAUUUCUAUAUUUCAUGUGCUCUUGUCCCUGGUUACCUGUGUGUCUGUAACGCAAUUGAAACAGCAUAUCCAUUGCUGUUGUCCAUGGUUACCUGUGCUCCUGUAUAGUAAUUGUUAGUGCGUUAAUCCCUGUGUUGUUAUCUGGGUCUCUGGGGUCAUUGUACAGUCAGGCAGGACAGGCGGCCAGCUCCGAUCAGAGAUUUUCUGGAGAGGACAGCUCGACAGAGAUGGGUUGGGCAGGAUGAGAGGCAGAAAGAUCCGCUUUACCCAUCUAUGGAAUGGAAGAAGUUCACAUAUGUGUUAUGAGGCAGAAUUGUGUGUUUUUUUGUGUCUGCAUGUAUUUGUUUUUAUGAACAUAAAACAUGCAUGUGUAUCGCAAGCAGGUUUAUGUUAUGUGAAUGUUUAUAAUGUGUGAUAAUGUAGCUAGUUGGCCUGGUGAAAUAUGGGGCCAGGUGGUGGUUGUUGGAGGGCUGCUGGCUGAGUUGACUGUGGAGAAGGAAGGGGCAGGGUCUGCAGGGUCUACUGUCACACUACUGUAACACUCCCUGUGGUUGGUGGUGGUGGUGGCACUGCACAUUCUGCAGGGUGUGCCUGCUGCCUGGCCCACUUAGAACAUGCUCACACAUGACUAGCGACUGUAUAGUUUCCCUGCAGUGGCAUUUUAUUACAUGUGUAGAGAAAUGUAAGGUAAUCUACAUUUGAUUUUAUAUAACGGCAUAGCUACCUCCCCCUAAAACAUCUUGCCUCAAUGUUACAGAGAUAGAGAGCUUCUUACUGACUGACGUCGUCAUCUGAGGUUUGUUCUUAAACCGUUCGCUUGCCAUCACUCAGUGCUAUGUUGAAGCCAAAACACAGCCAGUCUAGUGGUAUAUGAGGAAUUGGACAGAGCCUAGCAGUUGAAUUCUGCAAAUGGUGGGAACUCCUACUCAACGAUUCCCUGGGAAUGUGUGGGAGAUGAUUCUUUGAAAUCCAAGAUCUCAUAUUAUCAGACAGGAUAUGUCAGACCAUAUGUCAGAGAUUUGUCUUCCAUUUAAUGCUCUUCUUUUUAUACGGUUAAUUUACUAUUGUAAACUGGGUGUUUUGAGCCCUGAAUGCUGAUUGGCUGACAGCUGUCGUUUACCACAGGUAUGACAAAACAUUUAUUUGUACUGCUCUAAUUACGUUGGUAACCAGUUUAUAAUAGCAAUAAGGCACCUCGGGGGUUUGUGAUAUAUGGCUAAUAUACCACGGCUAAGGGCUGCGUCGUGCGUAAGAACAGCCCUUAGCCAUGGUAUAUUGGCCAUAUACCACACCCUCGGGCAUUAUUGCUUAAUUAUAGAAUUAGUGUGAAAUAUUAUAGGAUGACCAGAGCCCUCUACCUACAUUGACAUGAACUGUAGUUGUGAAAAGUCCACCUAUUGAUGUCCUAUUUACCACAAUAGACAAUGCACUGCAAAGACAAUAAAGUCCUGCCCCCUUCUUCAUUAGGGAGAAACCAAUAGACACCCCCCUUCUACCUACCAGUCUAUCAGUAAGAGAGUGUUGCUGUGCUAGAUGUAUAGACAGGGUAUAUGUAUGAAAGUGUUAGUGUGUGUUGUCAGUCAUCAGUGGAAACACCAUGUCUUUUUCUCUUCCUGAAGAUGGAGUGGAGUGAUGGGGAUCAGUGCUCUCUGAUUGGCUGAGAAGUGCACAAUUAUUUCUAAUCCGUUUGUCAUGCGGCGUGGAGCUCCAUUUGUAUACGUUGCUAUAUCUCUGUUCUGCAGGGGGUUGGUUCUCCUUCUUACUGUAACCACCGCGCCUUAGACUCCUCUCUCACAGUCUGUUCAGCAGCAGCUACACUCGCAGACUGGCUAAAUACAGAACAACGUCUCAAACACUAGCCUACCCUCUGUGUGUGUGCAUGUGUGUCCUUGUGUAUGUGCAUGCGUGCGCGCGCGCGAGAGACACUGAGAAAACAGUCCUUGCCUUCACUCUCAGUCUCUUCCCACUGCUGAAAAUUGUCAGUCAAUACUACCGGUCAAAAUGUUGGGGACUGCCUGUUUGUAUCUGAGUAAGUGACAGACAGCCAGGAAGAGAGUUAGUGUGAACUGCUCUUCCCACCAGCCUGUUAAAUAACAAUGAAUAAUUCAUCUUUUAAGUGAUCAUAGUUUGAUCCAAACAAAAGAGCUACUCUUCAGACUGGAACAGAGGGAGAGGAGAGAGUGGUGGUGGGGAAGUGUCACGAUCGUCGGGAACAGAGGAGGACCAAGGCGCAGCGUGGAAUGCGAACAUAUUUAUUAAUUGAUGAUCACACGAACAAAACGAAAACGUGACGUCCCUGGUUACAUUCACAAACCAACACGGAACAAGAAACCACACCAAAUGAAUGCCUAACGGCUACCUAAGUAUGACUCCCAAUCAGAGACAACGAGCUACAGCCGUCUCUGAUUGGGAGCCACCCUGGCCAACAUAGAUAUACAAAACCAGAACAAACACAAAUGAAAACUGGCUCAACAUACUAGAGUCCCCAGAGCCAGGGCGUGACAGUACCCCCCCCCCCCCCCAAAGGCGCGGACUCCGACCGCGCCAACCAAACACCACAGGGGAGGGACCGGGUGGGCACUCCGCCUUGGAGGCGGAUCCGGCUCCGGGCAUGAUCCCCACUCCCUCUCUAACCCCCCAAAGUACCCCUGGUCCGGUCUGACCCUGCUGACCGGAGCUGGACUGCACACUGGUGGAGCGGAUUGCUCUAGCUCCGGCGUGACGCAGCUGACCCGUGCCGAACCAGGCACCGGUGGAACAGGCACGGGCUGUGCCGUACUGACGACGCACACUACUGGCUUGGUGUGGGGAGCAGGUACGGGCCGAGCCGGGCUGACGAAACGCACCACUGACUUGGUGCGGGGAGCAGGAGCGGGCCGGACCGGGCUGACGAAGCGCACCACUGACUUGGUGCGGGGAGCAGGAACGGGCCGAGCUGGGCUGACGAAACGCACCACUGACUUGGUGCGGGGAGCAGGAAUGGGCCGGACCGGGCUGACGACGCGCACCACUGACUUGGUGCGGGGAGCAGGAACGGGCCGGACAGGGCUGACGAAACGCACCACUGACUUGGUGCGGGGAGCAGGAAUGGGCCGGACUGGGCUGGCGACGCGCACCACAGGCUUGGUGCGGGGAGCAGGAACAGGCCGGGCCGAGCUGGCGACGCGCACCGUAGACUUGGUGCGAGUGGCAGGAACAGGCCGGACCGUACUGGGAACACACACCACUGGCCCUACGCGGGGAUCAGGAACAGGCCGGACCGGACUGGCAACACACCCCAGUACCUCUCGCCGUGCCUCUACAUCCUCCUUCCCCCUGGUGACCAGUGACUCCCGUAACCUGGCGGCCUCCUGCUGCCCCGUCGUCCACGGCGUGAGCCCCCCCCUAAAAAAUUUCUGGGCGUCUCUCCUAUCCGUGGACCAGGUCUCCAUGUCCCUCGCCAGACUUUCGCCCUUCUGCUUCCAAGUCCAGCCCUUCUCUUCCUCACCCGGCUUGACCCAGUCGAGGAGGCGAAGGAGAUCUGCUAGAGAUCUCCCUGGCGAUGGCUCCUGGACACGCUGCUUGGUCCAGUCUUGGUGGUUUCUUCUGUCACGAUCGUCGGGAACAGAGGAGGACCAAGGCGCAGCGUGGAAUGCGAACAUAUUUAUUAAUUGAUGAUCACACGAACAAAACGAAAACGUGACGUCCCUGGUUACAUUCACAAACCAACACGGAACAAGAAACCACACCAAAUGAAUGCCUAACGGCUACCUAAGUAUGACUCCCAAUCAGAGACAACGAGCUACAGCCGUCUCUGAUUGGGAGCCACCCUGGCCAACAUAGAUAUACAAAACCAGAACAAACACAAAUGAAAACUCACACCCUGGCUCAACAUACUAGAGUCCCCAGAGCCAGGGCAUGACAGGAAGGGUUUGUCUUAGAGAUAUAGUCACAUGGUGGGGGAUCAGGGCCGGGGAGGAAGGGGCUGAGGGGUUGUGUUCUCUCCAGGUACCUGACGCGCAGAUGUGCCUGCACACACUGCUUCUGCCACAGCCACACAAUGUUCUAUAGAAUAGAGAGGAUGAUCUAUUGUGUGCGUGUGUGUAUGUGUGCGUGUUUGUUCAUAAACAUAUAUUUUUCUCUAUUGCAUAUCUGUUGUCAAACAUAAUAAUCAGUAUGUGUACGAUGAGAGUGUACUCAGCCUACACUGAUCAGUCACACAAUGGUAUUACCAUAAGCAUCCUCCAAGCUACUUAUUUAAUUGGUUAUGCUAUGCUGGCUUGGCCAAUAAGCAAAAGUUGAUUUUUUGGCAACGCUACAGGGGGAUUUGACAAUGGCAGAUGAACCACAGUGCCUUCUCUUUCGCAAUGAUCUUCUGUUUGUGUUUUCAUACAUGUGUGUUUGUGUGUGUGCAGGAGCAGGCAGCUGAGAGUGAAGAGAAUGAAGCCAAUGAGACCAUGGGUAGGGUGGAUGAGGGAGUAGAGGAGUUCUUCACUAAGAAGAUCAUCCCUGAUGACCCGCUGUAAGUAUCCAUAUACCUCCAACAGCAUACACCUUUGCAUACUGACGCGUACAGAAUAGAUGUACUGCAUGCACCCACACUAAACAAACCCACUCAUACUAGCUCUCUACACCUACACCCUCUGCACAUGCAUGUUCACACACUCCCAUGUAGACAAACAUCGCUACACACACAGCAUGCAUACAUACUGUAGCAACAGAAAGAUAACAGAAUGUAUUAGACUAAUGUUUGUCUACUUUGGUUAAAAACACUGUAUCCCAAAUACACAGCAUCCCACUGAUCCCAGCACUAGAUAGAGUAUGAACACUGAACAAGCACCACCACUGAAUGGAGACUCAGUAGUGUUGUUGCUGUUUUGUGCUUCACCUCACUUGCAGAAAAGCGCAGAGGGAGGAGGUCCCUUACAAAGCACAACCCACAGAGUCGACCUCCACCACCCCUGCCCCUCCCAGCACGUCUGCCCCGGCCCCGCCCUCCUCUACCACCACCACCUCUAUCACCUCCUCCUCCUCUUCCUCCUCCUCCAUGACCGUAACAACCACCACCCCUUCCAACGCCCCCUCCAAAAACAUCAAGAAGAAGUUUGGGGACUUCUUCGCCUUCAAGAAAGUCCGUGCUGGCCGGGGGGCGAAGGGCGAGGGUGGGCCGGAGGGCAAGGUCAAAAAGACCUCCAUCGCAGAUCUAAUCAGACCACUCAGGGAGGCAAAAGAGAGGGAGAGAGAGAAAGAGCGGGAGAAGGAGAAGGGGAAGUUAGAAGAAGAGAGUGGUGCUAAGGCCACCAGUGUUAAUGAUUCUGAUGCCACCACAACAGUAAGAGCAGCAGAGGACAACACCAUGGCUCCCGCCCCACCCUCUGAUGUCCCCAGCGUCCCCACAUCCCUGCCCACCAGCACCCCCGCCCAGGAGGAGGUGACAUCUGUGUCCCCCAGCGCUCUGACCCCCAGCCCCAUCAUCAGCCCUGUCGGUGGGUUCCUGGCGGAGAGGGAGAAGAGCCGGACCCUGGAAAAGAGCAAGACCCCAGACGGGGAGAGGAGACUGAAGGCCACACGGCGCUCCCUCAGGGAGGGCAAGUCCCAGUCCCUCAUCCUGCUGACAGGCCUGGAGGAUGGUGCUGCCGCACACGGAAGGGUAGGUACCGCUCUGCACUAGUGAUCAGAAAACACAUGGAGUGAGUUCAAAAGAAAAUGCACAUCAUUUAGAUAUGCUUUUGGUCAUUGUCUUUCAGAAACACGCAUCUGAAUGCACAUCCAGCUUUGAACAGCGCCUCCACGUCAUGCUCCACCGUAUGGGGGUGGCCAAGACACCACCCGCAGACACAAAGACCAGCCAGGUGUGUGUGAUAUUGAUGGUUGUGGACCACCCUUUCUCUUCUCUUCCUCCCUAUUUCCUCUAUUUAUGUUCUGAGCCCCCAGCUGUAGUGGGAUUCAUUUAGGAUUACAUCACCUUUGUGACAUUCAUGUAAUGUGCCAUGGCAGUGAAUAUCUCAGUAUAGUACCUAAUAGUGAGACUGUGACAUAGCUUGAUAUGGUAAAGGAUUUAUUGCAGCUUAUCCACUGCAGCGUGCCUUAUCAGUCCAGGUAGGAGCACAUAGGAGGAUAACUCAUGAAUAACAUUAUCAUAUCUUCCUUUAGAACAAAGAAGAGGAGCUGAGGAAAACCAACUCCGAAGGUAAGACACUCCACACACCUCCUCAGCUAUGUGUCUGGGACUGCCUAUGUGACUCAGUGUGACUCAUCACACUGUAUGUACAAAUCCCCUGUUGCUGACGGGAGCUUGACAGCAUCUCAGGUUUGCUGUAGAUGUGUAGUCUUAGUCAACUUAGAGUUGGGGGGUUGUGCUAGAUGUAGAUGUCUCCUCUUAGAACUGUUGAAUUGUAGACUGUCAAGUAAAAGUGUUGCUGUAACACUAGGGAUGCGAUUUGACAGUAAAUGCUAGUAAAAUGUAAACUGCAGUUGUUGGCCUCUUGAGUACCCCUUGAAAAGAAGAAGGAAUCUAGAUCAUUUUCUUCCUAAUUUUGAUUUGUAAGAAAUUGAAAAACUGUGCUUAUUUCUGGUAAAGGCCAGUGAGGUAAAGGCCAUCAGUGAAAUCAAUCCUGCAUGUAUAAAUAAAGUGUCCAGCUAGCACAUUUGUUUCAAUUCAAUGUCUAUUCCACAUUGGUUCAACAUCAUUUAAUUGAAAUGACAUGGAAACAACGUUGAUUCAACCAGUUUGUGCCAAGUGAGUUGUUUAACGUUCUCUGAACUAUUUGAGAACAUUCCCAAUGUCAAACCAGUUGGAGAAUGUUCCUAGAACAUUACCAAAAAUGUCAUUAAAUGCAACCAUGUUUGAACUUUUAGGAAACGUUCUGUUAAACCAAUGAAAUACCAAGAAAAUAACGUUAUUUUGUCAAGCUCCUUUAAUGUGCUGAGAAUGUUUCAAAGCCAAGCAACUAUCAUGCACCAUUCCCAGAACAUUGUGGGAAGGUUGUGUGCUAAAUAACCAUAGGACUGUCACGAUCGUUGAGAGACGGGUCAGACCAAGGUGCAGCGUGGUAUGCAUACAUAUUUAUUCAUGAAGAUAAACACUUGACAAUACAACAAAAGCACUGUAACGUGAAGUCCUAUGGGCUAUACUCACAACAAGCCAAACCAGAACACAAACAAGAUCCCACAACUAAGGUAGGCAACCAGGCUACUUAAGUAUGAUCCCCAAUCAGAGACAACGAGCGACAGCUGCCUCUGAUUGGGAAUCACACCCGGCCAAACAUAGAAAGAUCAACCCAGAUCUACAACAUAGAAAUACACUAACAUAGAUCUCAACAGAAAACUCACACCCUGACCCAACCAACAAGAGUUCUCUCGAUCAGGGCGUGACAAGGACAACCACGCUCUCACCAAGCUCUAAGAAACAUAUGGUUCUCAGAACGUUAUGUGCUAGCUGAGUGGUGACUGGAGUUGACCCUGAGGUUAGAGCAGGCCAGAGAGGCUCAUGGGAAGUCAGAGCAACACAGACCGGCCAGCCUGGGAGUCAUUACUGCCCUCUGUCACUCAGUGCUGGAGGUUAGGGGUCAGUUCACACAUCCACUCAGAGGGGAACUCAACACUAUCAGCCAAUGGCUUGUGCUCUAAAGAUAACAGUGAAAGCUCCCUUAGCUGUCUUUUGUAUGUAUUUCUUGUGUCAGGCUGCUUCAAGUAUGGAGGGGCUCAUAUUAUGUGUAGGUGAACCUACCAGUUUGCAAUAAUGAUCUCCUCUUUCUCAGGUGCAAUUCUUGAUAAAAAACCUGAACCCCCACCGACGUUCAUGAAGCCUCGCACUAUGUCCACAUCAGCUUCAGGUAAUUCUGACACUUAAAGCUGGUGAAUGGAUGUCCAUGUAAUAUAUCCAUCUAUACUCCAAGCCUUUAUGUAAAUAUAAUGUUGCAGUAAUGACUUCAGUGCAACCUCCCUUCUUCCCUCAGACACCAGGCGGCCAAUCAGAGCAGGCGUGACAUCUCUGGAGGCUCUCAGAACAGACAAGCCCCUCCUCCCAGGACGUCCCAUCGGACCCCUCCCUCCCAAGCCCACAGUGGCAGCCAAACCCCCUCUCCCAGCCCCCCAGCAGCACCCUGCUGCCGCUAGGACGUCCCCGGGGGUCCCCCGGCAGCCCAACACAGCCACAGCCCCGGAGACCCAGACCCAGCCAGCAGAGCCAGAGACCUCCCAGAGCCAGACCCAGCCCAAGCAGAGUGAGGUCACCAGCCCUUACUCCCGCAAGGAGACUCCCCCUGCCCCAUCACCACACAGGGGCCCCAGCUCUCUGGAGAGCAAGGAGCGUGCUGUGAGAGCACAAUCAGUCACUGAAGGUAUACAUACAUACAGUAUCAUUCACCUCUCUUCUUUCCAGGACUGAACACACUUUUUCAGUUGUGACAAAAUACAUGACUAACUAUAGUGUUUUUUCUGUCUGUGCAGAAAAAUACCAAGCUAGUUUUAUGUACUGUAUCUGUUCCCUUUGUCUCUCCCACUCUCUCUGAUUCUUUGUCUUCCAUUAUGAGCUUAAUAUGAAAUAAUGCAAUAACAGUGAAUGCUCAGAGCAUAAUAAUUACUUUGGUAUCUCUCUUUGUUUUCAUAUACUGUAACAUAAUUUGUGGAUGGCAGCUCCUAAUGCACUUGUCUGUAUUGAACAGAUUAUUUUACAUAAUCAAACAGAGCUGAUAUCAAUCCUGGGAGUCCAUUUGCCAGAAGUCGGACUGUAUUGGUUUUGACUCAACAAUGCAUCAUCUGAAUGACUGAAUGACUUUAAUGUAUAGUGUAUUGCACAGUGUAUCUACCACCAAUAUGUAGCACCCACUCGUCUGAUAUUAUUUGGGUCCAAAUUAUGGCAGAGGAUGGCAUCCCAAACAUGUGAGCCAAACAUGUGUUGGGUAUUGCAAUACCUGGUCUGAUCUUUUUGGACAUGAAUGUCACUGUGACUCAAAUGUCAAGCCUAAAUCCACCGUGAGUUGUGUGUUUGUGUCACUGUGUGUGUAAUUGUGUAUCUAACUCCUGUGUGUCUUGGUCAUCCCCUAGAGAGCCUUCCUAAACCCCAGUCCCGCAUGAAGCCCUCUCCCCAGCGGAGAGCUGUGUCCGUCUACGAGGACUCCCUCCGUGAACAUGCUGCUCUACUGGACCCCAAAGGUGAGCUCAUCAGCAGAGAGAGAGCACCUCCAGCUGUAUACCACUGGUUACUGCAGAUGAUCAAAGCCAUACAGUGAGGGAAAAAAGUAUUUGAUCCCCUGCUGAUUUUGUACGUUUGCCCACUGACAAAGAAAUGAUCAGUCUAUAAUUUUAAUGGUAGGUUUAUUUGAACAGUGAGAGACAGAAUAACAACAAAAAAAUCCAGAAAAACGCAUGUCAAAAAUUUUAUAAAUUGAUUUGCAUUUUUAUGAGGGAAAUAAGUAUUUGACCCCUCUGCAAAACAUGACUUAGUACUUGGUGGCAAAACCCUUGUAGGCAAUCACAGAGGUCAGACGUUUCUUGUAGUUGGCCACCAGGUUUGCACACAUCUCAGGAGGGAUUUUGUCCCACUCCUCUUUGCAGAUCUUCUCCAAGUCAUUAAGGUUUCGAGGCUGACGUUUGGCAACUCAAAUCUUUAGCUCCCUCCACAGAUUUUCUAUGGGAUUAAGGUCUGGAGACUGGCUAGGCCACUCCAGGACCUUAAUGUGCUUCUUCUUGAGCCACUCCUUUGUUGCCUUGGCCGUGUGUUUUGGGUCAUUGUCAUGCUGGAAUACCCAUCCACGACCCAUUUUCAAUGCCCUGGCUGAGGGAAGGAGGUUCUCAACCAAGAUUUGACAGUACAUGGCCCCGUCCAUCGUCCCUUUGAUGCGGUGAAGUUGUCCUGUCUCCUUAGCAGAAAAACACCCCCAAAGCAUAAUGUUUCCACCUCCAUGUUUGACGGUGGGGAUGGUGUUCUUGGGGUCUUAGGCAGCAUUCCUCCUCCUCCAAACACAGCGAGUUGAGUUGAUGCCAAAGAGCUCGAUUUUGGUCUCAUCUGACCACAACACUUUCACCCAGUUCUCCUCUGAAUCAUUCAAAUGUUCAUUGGCAAACUUCAGACGGGCCUGUAUAUGUGCUUUCUUGAGCAGGGGGACCUUGCGGGCGCUGCAGGAUUUCAGUCCUUCACGGCGUAGUGUGUUACCAAUUGUUUUCUUGGUGACUAUGGUCCCAGCUGCCUUGAGAUCAUUGACAAGAUCCUCCCGUGUAGUUCUGGGCUGAUUACUAACCGUUCUCAUGAUCAUUGCAACUCCACGAGGUGAGAUCUUGCAUGGAGCCCCAGGCAGAGGGAGAUUGACCGUUAUUUUGUGUUUCUUCCAUUUGCGAAUAAUCGCACCAACUGUUGUCACCUUCUCACCAAGCUGCUUGGCGAUGGUCUUGUAGCCCAUUCCAGCCUUGUGUAGGUCUACAAUCUUGUACCUGACAUCCUUGGAGAGCUCUUUGGUUUUGGCCAUAGUGGAGAGUUUGGAAUCUGAUUGAUUGAUUGCUUCUGUGGACGGGUGUCUUUUAUACAGGUAACAAACUGAGAUUAGGAGCACUCCCUUUAAGAGUGUGCUCCUAAUCUCAGCUCUUUACCUGUAUAAAAGACACCUGGGAGCCAGAAGUCUUUCUGAUUGAGAGGGGGUCAAUUGCUUAUUUCCCUCAUUAAAAUGCAAAUCAAUUUAUAAAUUUUUUUACAUGCUUUUUUCUGGAUUUUUUUGUUGUUAUUCUGUCUCUCACUGUUCAAAUAAACCUACCAUUAAAAUUAUAGACUGAUCAUUUCCUUGUCAGUGGGCAAACGUACAAAAUCAGCAGGGGAUCAAAUACUUUUUUCCCUCACUGUAUGUGUAACUGCGUGUGUGUCCACCUCACAGCCGCUCAGGUCUAGCUCCAGCCCACACAGAUUAGUAUUUGUGGCCAGACCCUGCAACAACAAUCUGCAUAAAAUAAAAUAUGUGUAUCAAACAGCAGUAUACAUGUGUAAAUCAAAAUACAAACACAUACAGUAUCAUACAGUAUCACCCAGUGCUAUAAGUAAGCUUCACAUUCUGUUUGACAUGUAUUACAUUUACAUUUUCUGGUAUGGCAUUCCAUCAGUGCGCACCUGAGAGCCUCUGGGGGUAGUUUGGUUCCUGCCAGUCCCACAUAUUUUAGCUCAGAGCUCUUACUGAAGAAGUAAAUUACAGUCCUUGUCACCUCCCGCACCUUCCUGGGGACAGAGAGAGGUCAGCAGGGGAUCAAAUACUUUUUUCCCUCACUGUAUACAAAGACUAUACUGUGUGUAUAUACUGUACUGUAUAUUUACAUUUUAGUCAUUUAGCAGACGCUCUUAUCCAGAGCGACUUACAGUUAGUGAGUGCCUACAUUUUUCAUGGCUCUGGAAAUGAUGUUACCCAGUCAUGUCAGUGUUAUCUCUGUUUUGUAGUUUUUCAGAGAACAACUUAACUACUGACUUUCAGCAUGCAUAUAGAGAAGGGCACUCAACGUGUACCUCACUGACUCAGAUGACAGAUGAUUGGUAAAAAUACAAAAUAAAGGAUAAUAAGAUGAUAGUUGGAGCUCUAUUGUUAGAUUUCAGUGCAGCCUUUGAUGUUAUUGAUCAUACAUUGUUAUUGAAGAAACCCACUUGCUAUGGCUUUACAUUACAUGCCAUCACAUGUUUGGAGAGUUAUUUAUCCAGUAGAACCAGAGAGUGUUCUUCAAUGGAAGCUUCUCAAACAUCAAAUAUGUACAGUGUGGUGUCCCGCUGGGCAGUUGCCUUUGGCCGUUACUCUUUUCUAUUUAUUUUUUUACAAAUUAUUUGCCACUGGUCUUACACAAAGCUAGAAUGACUAUGUAUACGGAUGAUUCCACACUACAUGUCAGCACCCAAAGUCAGUGAGCUCACUGAAAUUAUAAAUAAGGAGUUACAGUCAGAAUGGGUGAUUAAUAAUAAACUGGUCUUAAAUACAACUAAAACUAAAAGCAUUGUAUUUCAUUCAAAGCAGUCUCUAAGACCUAAACCUCAACUGGAGUUGUGCAUAAAGGGUGUCAACAUUGAGCAAGUUCAGGAAGCUAAACUCCUGGGUAUAUCAUUGGAUGGUCAAUUAUCAUGGUCAAGUCAUGUUGACAAAGUUCUUGUGAAGAUGGGAAGGGGUAUGUCUGUUAUAAAAAUAUGUUCUGCAUUUCUUUUACACAAAAAUCAACUGUACUAGUUGUUCAGGCUCUGGUCUUGUCCCAUAUUGAUUACUGUCCGGUAAUAUGGUCAAGUGCAGCAAAGAAAGAUCUAGCAAAGCUGCAGCUGGCUCAAAACAGAGCAGCAUACCUUGCCCUUAACUGCACAUACAGAACUAACAUCAACAACAUGCAUGCCAGUCUUUUCUGGUUGAGGGUUGAUGAGAGAUUAACUGCUUCUCUUCUAGGUUUUUAUGAGAAAUAUGAAAAUUCCAGAUUGUCUGCAUAAUCAAAUAACAUUCAGCUCAGAUACCCAUACAUACCCCACAAGACAUGCCACCAGGGGUCUCUUCACAGUCCCAAGUACAAAAAUAAUUCACAGCAACACACAGUAUUAUACAAACCCAUGAUGGCAAGGAACUCCCUUCCAUUUCAAUUUACUCAAGCAAUCAGCAAAAUUACCUUAUAAAAAUAGUUUAAACAACAUCUCAUGGAACAGCAGGGACCGUGAGGGGACACACAUAAACACACACACACAAAGACACACUAACACACAUUAUUGUUUAGAUAUAUUGUUUGUCUUAUUUUUUUGUUAUAUUGUUUGUAUGUCGUUGUAUUUUAAAUUCGUGUGACUGUCCUUGUCUAUCAGUGUAUCAGUGUUUUGUUAGUUGUCAUGUUCUGUGUUUUUUGUGGAACACAGGAAGAGUAGCUGCUGCUUCAGCAAAAGCUAAUGGGGAUCCAAAUAAACAAAUAGAGUAUAUCAUCCUUUCCUCCUUCUCCUAUGGUAGCACUUCACUAAAAACAUCUAUGCGUCACUGUGUACAAAUACAUUGAAAAGCCCUAGAUGUGUUAAUUUAUGCUCUGUUACAUUAUGUAUUUGAGGCAGGUUGUUUAUCUUUACUCUCCCUCCCUCCCAUCAGAGCUGAAGGCAGCGUUGCCACGGUUGCAGAAGUCACCAGUCCAGAAACGUACCAACCUGGGGGAGCUCCCUACCUGUAGUGAGAACCAGCAAGAGGGAGAGGAGGGUGAGUAGGGGGCAGGGGUGCAGGGGUGCAGGGGUGCAGGGGGUAAGGUGCAGGCAUCGGAGGGGGAAAUAAGGCAAAUAGGAACAGUUGCUGACUGAACCUAUAGUUUGAAAGGAAGAUUGAGUCAAGAUAUUUUGAAGAUGAGUGUAUGGUUGUAAAAUGGAUGCUCUUCUUGAGGCUCUGUGCCAAAUGUACAAAUGUUUGGUUUGGGGUCUAUGAGCCUUGGCCUAAUGGGUAUAUGCCCACUUGCUUCCCCUCUCUCUGCUUUGUCCACCUCUAUUUGUCUGUAAACAGAAUAGUAACUCACCCAUCAGUCCUUCAGCACCACAUGCACUUUAGAGCAAUUACCAUCCUAUUACAUCUCAUAUAUUAAUAACCUUAAAUUACAGGGCUGGAGGAGGACUGGAUAUCAGGUCCUCUAUGGUACAAUUCAUGUGAAAGAUUUAUUAAAGCCAUGCUUCAUCAUUAUGCCCACAACCCUCAUGCAUCCCUCACAGUCAAUAUCUACCUCACAGCAUGCUAUAAAGUGCCAGAUAUUAAAGUCUAGAAUUACCUUGUUUUGGAUUAAACAGAAAUGAUUGCUUGAAUGAUACUAAUCUAAUCAAGAAACAAGUGCUUUUCUUUCAAACUUUGUUAGGUUUAUCUUUCUGCCUGUAAAAAGGCAGGUUCCAUCUUGUUCUGUGUUAUCUUUGAGAUUAAAAAUCUCAUCUAUGUUAUGUCUUAUUAAUCAUCCAAACAGCAGGUGAAGCGGGGGAGAAGAAGGAGAAGGAGAGGACUGGAGAGGGUGAGGGGACGGACAGCCGGCCGGUAACAGAGGACAAGCCAGGGCCAGGGCCAAGCCCAGUGGGGGCCGGUCAGGUAGAGGGAGAGAGCACAGCAGAGAAGAGAGGCGAGACGGUCUCACAGCAGCACAACAGCGCAGGCACAAACAUCAGACCAAAGAACUGAACCCCCCCUAAUGGAGAAACACAUGGACUGACCUGCGCAGAGUCUAUUUUCUAUCAUGUCUACCUUUGCCUUGCACGCCAGAUUAUGUAAAAAAAAUUAAAAGAAUUAUGAACAAAAUGUUUUAAAGAGUGUAAAUCCAUACCUAUACUUGUUAAUAAUGAUUAAAAAGUUGAUUCUGAAGUGUCGUCAAGUGCACUGUCAUCACUGCU